AUGUUAUUUUCAAAUUUAGACAAAUUAAUCCAAUUUGCCAUGUUAAUUUAUACUACUGACAACUUUAUUCGUUUUGUAUUAAUCUCAUCAUUUGUAACUACGAAUAGAUUACAUCUAUAUGAAAAUAUAAACCAUUCAUCAGAAUAUUUAAAAAUGAAUAGUUUUCAGCGAACUGAUUUCAAAUUUUCACAGAAAUAUGAACAUAUAAUUGGUCAACGUCAUCAUCAACAACGUUCAGACAUACCCACAAGGUUGCCUUCAGUUCAAGAAUGUAUAUCAGAUCAAUAUAAUUACAGUGUUACCAAAGGUUGUUUGUGUCAUUUAUUUCAAAGCUCUGGCUUAAGUAAUGGCUCAUUUGAAUUCAUAACAAACUUACAUUUAAAUUUAUCAUGGAAUACAACAUCCAACUGCAUAAUUUAUACAUUCGUUGGUGAUUUGAAAGAGAUCGUACAUGUACGUUUACUGGAAUUCAGUCUGCCAAUGAAAAUACGAAAAACUGGAAGUAAUAAAUGUACUACACAAUUUAAAGUUUAUCAUCAGUUAGAACGAGCAGAACUGAUGAAUAAUGAUCAACCGGAUUAUGAAUUAUGCGGCCAACACUUAAAUCAACUCCCUGUUCAUGAUUUCCAUUCAUAUGGACGUGUCAUGAUUAUUGAAUUGGAUGAAAUCACUAAAGAAAAGCAAAAAGUUAUAGGAUUUUAUGAAUUUCUAGAUAGAGAUGCAUAUCAAACUGAUGGACUACCAAUUAAAGCAACAAAAUGUGAUCAACUAUUUUUCAGUUCAUCCUUUAUCACAAUUCAAGGUGAUCAUAACCAACAAAUAUGGCGUAGAAACAAUAGUUUAAAUCAAAGUCAUGGAGAAUUCUUUUCUUCACACACAAAAACAGACGGGAAAUUUUUCAGUCCUAAUUAUCCACGAUUUUAUAAAGCAUCCAUCUUAUGUAAAUACUAUUUUUUAGCUCAUUCAAAUGAACGUAUUAUAAUCAAAUUAAAGAAUGUGCAGUUAUGGAGUUAUAAAAGUUGUCAUUCAACUUCACAACGUGAUACAAUUCAUUUUCAUGAAAUCACCACUCCGUUAUUUGAUUUAAAUAACUCAUCAUUUUUUCAAUUAGAAAAGAUUAUCCAAAAACCAUUUGUCUAUGAAUUAAAAAAACAAUUAUUGUUCUUAUGUGGUGAUGAAGAACAAACUGUAAUUAUCUCAGAUCAUCGAUUUAUAAUGCUGACUUUACAAACACAUGUAGAUAGUGUUGGAGCUCGCGGAUUUGAAGGAGUCUAUCAAUUUUUAAGUAAAGAAAAGUUAUCUUACAAUCAAGGUGAUCAUGAUGAGAAAGACAUACAUAAACAUAUCGAUAGAGAGCUAUUUCCAGAUCCAACUAUUAAAGGAUUCAUGAAUACUGAAAUUGAUUCGUCAGUUCAAAAAAAGACUAUUCAACAAAUAAACCACAUCUGGAUGAAUCCAUCGAAACUUCAAGGAACAAUAAAAUCUCCGAAUUAUCCAUCAGUUUAUCCACAGAACUGUAAACUUUUAUACACUAUUAAUAUACCUAAAAAGAGAUUUCUUCGAUUGAAAUUUUCAGAUAUUCAGUUAGGAAGUAACUUACCUAGUACCAAAUGUACGCAGCUUGUCGGUGAUCGUAUAGAAAUUUAUGAACAGAAUUAUUUAAAUAAUACACCCAAAUUAAUUUUGUGCGGGACAUCAGUACCACAGGAACAAAUAAUGUUGAAUAAUAAAUUUGAAAUGCAUCGUGUAUAUAUUUAUUUUAUUACAGAUCAUAUAACAAGUACAAAUGAACUGGGUUUCAUGUUGUCAUAUGAAUAUUCCACUAGGAAUGAUUAUACUGAGAAUAAUAACAAAUUAUUUCUUAUUCGUAAAGAUUUAUCCGACAAGAUUGAUGAUGUUAAUUCUGUUGGUGAUGAUACAUGUCAAUUUACAAUUACAAGUUACGGCAAAGAAUCAAAUGGUUUUCUUCACAUACCAAAUAAUUUGAUUAGAACGAGAAAACCAUCUGAGUUAAACAACUGUAAAUGGAAACUUGAAGGUGGUUAUGGACAGCGUAUACAAAUACGUUUUGUACGACGUCUAGAUAAUUCACAGCAAACUCAUCAAUUUCAACGAUCACAAAUUACAUCAAGUGAAGUUAAUGAUCUUGUGUCGAAUUAUAUGAGUGAUUUUAUUCAAUACAAUCAAGAAUUCGGCGGUUCUAUCUAUAAACAAAAACAUCAACCUGAUAUAUAUGAUAUACAAGAAAUUGAAUCAUCUUUUUUAAAAGAUUUAAAAUGUCCCACCUCAAUGGCUUUGGAAUUGAUCAAUUAUCGUGCUGACGUUUUAACUACUAACAAUGAUUUCAGUAGACUGUUAGAUAACAGGUUAAAUCCUAAAUUCGUUUCACAACAAAGUUAUAAAUCGUUAAAUUUAAAUGCAUUCUCUACCAUACAGUCGUCAUCUUCACCUUUAUUCACCACAGAUCCUGUAAAGUCUACACCUUUAGAUCCUGUUCGUUUAUGUGCUGGGGAUUUUAUGACUUAUUCACCAGCAAGUAAAGGUUUCAUGUCUGGAAAUAUUCCACGUUUAGAUAUAGUACUUAAGAUCAGUCAAUCUAGAAAUGGUACCAAUAUUAAUAAUAAUAUUAUUAAUAGUGACAAUAAUAAUAUAAGCAUGAAACAAAACUUCCGGAGUAUUCAGUAUUCAGAAUUAGGCUAUGAUGUGCAGUAUAAAUUUGUUACAGAUUAUGGUGUUAUAGCUUCUUCUGGGAAUCAACGGAAGCCAAGUAAGUCUGAUAUUUACCACAAAAAAGAAAUUGUAUGUAUAGGGAAUAAAUACUUAUGAACAUAUUAAUUAAAAUAUUUGUGCAAGAUGAAAUGAGAAGUUCCGAAUCAAUCAUCUCCAAUUAUUUAACUUCUAAAUAAUGAAUCAAAUUUCG